AUGGGCCAGUCACUUUCCUACGUCCGUGACAACAUCAAAGUCCCUCCCGUGGUCGGGAAGCUCUACUGCAUCGUACUGACGGCAGCGUUUGAAGGCAUCGAACAAAGCACGAAGAGACACCGCAGCGGCGCCUUUCUCUACCAGCGACGAGAUCCCGAAGCCGCUCUUGGAGCAGCAGCAGUAGCAGCGAAUGGCGCCGCUGGCCAGCCGAAGGAUCAGCUAGCGACCCGCGCACCGACCAUCACACCCACUCAACCUGGUGACGAGAACCUCCCGCUAGAUGCGGUCAAGCGGUCACACGCCGCAGCCAUUGGAGAUGGCUCUGCUGGCCAGCCCACCACGCCCCAAAAGACGCGACUGCGCCAUGAUGCCACCGCCGGAAGCCCAGGCCGCAGCGUCGAUCCGAGCCCGCGGGCCCUCCGCACGGGAAGGGAUGCCGCGCCGGGUGGGGUGACGCAGGCGCUGCCUACGGUUCCGGCCAGCGUGGCCUCGAGGGUGAUGAUCGAGCCGCGCAGGUUCCAUCUUUCUCGUAGGCACAUGGCUGAGAGGCAGUCUUCGAUGAAUUCCCGUGUCACAAAGUCCUCGGGUUCGUCCAAGAGCCUGGGCCCGGCGACGUUUGUGGAGAGGAGCAGCAAGCGGAAGCGGACCGGUGAACCGAAGACACCAGUCAUAGCAACGCAUCCAGGGCAGAGGACAACACAAAAUUUGUCUGGAGCAGACGGCGAAAAGGGAUUGGAGGGUGACGGCGGAUCAGCAGAGGGCAAGACGGAGGAACGUAAGAAGCUGAAAAUGCCAUCCAAGCGAUCUGCCGUGUCUAGACCGUCUGGGCCUAGGCUUCCGGACUCUUUCGUCAAUCGUUGGGACACGGAUAUGGACCAGCUCGCACGAGAGAUGAACGACUACACUUUGGAGCUGAUAGCAAGGGACCUGGAGAAGAUCAAGGAGCGGGACGAGGCGGCGGCACCAAUGUCAAACUCUGCGAGGCAGACACCGGUCAAGAAUAGCAACAAUGCGCCCAUGUCGACGGCAUCCCCAUCACCUAGGAGAUUCAAGCCGCAAGCUCCUGCCAAACGCUACGCGGAGCGGCACCCAGAGGAGGCGGCCGCGGCGGCUGCUGCUGCUGCUGCUGCGGCAGAGGCUGAGGCGAAUAUGAGCAUGGACGUAGACGACGCGAGCGACACGGAUGAGGAUGAAGGUGACUACAUAAUUGACACAUACGUCCGUGUUGCAGCCGACAGCGUCACGACUGAGGCGACGCCUGAUAAAGUGGGUCUGCUGGUGUUGGACAAUGACCCAGAUAUCGACUACUUCUACGGCGAAGAAAGCGACAGUGAGGAGGAGUACGAAGAUGACGAGGAUGAGAACGCGGAAAAUUACUACACUGCAGACUAUCCGGAUGACGAGGUGGCUUCGGGUGACGAGUUCGAUCGCGACGCGUACCUGUAUCAAAUGGGCAUGUCUGAGUUUGAUGGAGGCUCGGGAUCGGAUAGUGAAGACGACGACGAAGACGGCGGCGUCCCGGGCCGUUUCAAAAUUACGAUCGGCCGUCCACAGAAUCUUCCUCAGCUUUACUAGGGGCGACCAAGACUCGAGAAGCAAAAGAAAAGCAACUCUCGCCCGUUUUCAGUCAUGUUUCAGUGUUUCACAGCAAAGAGUGGGGGGUCAUGGCCAUGUUUCUCUUUGACGAUGUGAGGGAUAAAAGAUUUAAAACCCGGGUUAACAAUCCAUACAGCUCUUUUGGACCCUUGGCUUCUAUUUCGGUUGUUUCCUCGGUUUCUCGGUUCUGGGGUUCUUCCUUGUCGAUCCAACAGCCGCGUCUCGAAGCGAGAGACAACCAUUUGUUGGGGUGUACUAUAUACUAAAUGCAUAGCGAGGUUUUGGUAUAAGACUCUUGUAUGGUCAUAGAUACCUAGGUUACUAUAAUUCAAG